AUGCAAAACUUAAUUGAGAGACUGAGGCCUCUUGUUGGAUUGAACGGUUGGGACUACUGUGUAUACUGGAAACUAAGUGAAGAUCAAAGGUUUGUUGAGUGGUUGGGAUGCUGUUGUGGUGGCACUGAUCAAAACAAUAAUGUUGGGGAAGACAUUCACAUUUUCCCAUGUAGGGAUACCAUGUUCUCACAUCCCAGAACUAACCAUUGUUAUCUUCUUUCUCAGCUUCCUACUUCCAUUUCCAUCAUAGAUUCUGGGAUUCAUGCACAGACCCUAUUAACAAACCAACCCAAUUGGGUCAACUAUUCCCCAAAUAUCUUGCAAGAAACAAUUGGGACCCAGGUUUUGAUUCCAGUGCCAGGUGGACUAGUUGAGCUGUUUGUAACCAAACAAGUACCUGAAGAUCAUCAAGUAAUUGAUUUUGUGACAGCACAAUGCAUUGUAUUGGUAGAGCAAGAAGCAGCAAACAACUCAACAAGUUUCAACAUGCAAUCAAAUGUUGUUGGAGAUGAUAAUAAUAAUAAUCAUAAUAAUAAUAAUAAUGAAAAUCAAGUGAUGAUGAACAACAACAACAACAGCAAUAAUCAGUUUGUUCUCACAACUGCACCAGAAACUUCACCACAUGAUGAAAUCCCCAUCACUCUAUGCAGUUCUCCACUCAACUUCAUGCAACAGUUCAGAACAAUGAAUAAGAACAACGAUAACAACAAUAACAACAAUGCAUUUUCUGAAGAAUAUCAAGGUUCAAUAUUCCUCCAUGAAAACCAAAACAACAAUAACCAGCCAAUGAAAGCAGCAGCAAUGGAGGAAGAAGAAGAAGAAGAGCAGCAAGUGGGGACAAAGGAGAAUAACAACAACAACAAAAAUGAAGGAGGAGUUGUUGGUGUUGGAAGGUCAGAUUCAAUGUCAGAUUGCAGUGAUCAGAACGAAGAAGAGGAAGAUGGAAAAUACAGAAGGAGGAAUGGAAAAGGGAACCAGUCAAAGAACCUUGUUGCUGAAAGAAAGAGAAGGAAGAAACUGAAUGACAGGCUGUACAAUCUUCGUUCAUUGGUUCCAAGAAUAUCCAAGCUUGAUAGAGCUUCCAUUCUUGGCGAUGCAAUUGAGUUUGUUAAGGAUUUGCAAAAGCAGGUCAAGGAUCUUCAAGAUGAACUUGAGGACAAUAACAACAAUUCUGACACUACUGCUGUUGAUCAUCAUGAUAGUAGCAACCAGUUUCUUGAUCAUUUCGGAGCAUCCUAUGUUGUCCCAAAUCACAAGCAUAUGCAGCAAGAUGCAGUGGAUGCCACUACUCUUACCAUGGACAAGCAGCACUCCCAACAAAUGGAGCCUCAAGUGGAAGUGGCAGUGAUAGAUGGGAAGGAGUACUUUGUGAAGGUAUUCUGUGAACACAGAGCAGGUGGAUUUGUGAAAUUGAUGGAGGCACUCAACACCUUAGGCAUGGAUGUUGUACAUGCCACUGUCACUAGCCACAAAGGCCUUGUCUCUAAUGUCUUCAAAGUUGAGAAAAAGGAUAGUGAUAUGGUGGAGGCUGAAGAUGUGAGAGACUCAUUGCUAGAGCUUACAAGGAACCCAUCAUGUAGGGUUUGGAGUAAUAAUAAUACAAAGAAUAAUAAUCCCACAUCGGAGAAUUCCAAUGGUGUUGCUGUGGGAAGGGAUCAUCAUCAUCAUCAUCAUCAUCACAUGCCCGCAUAUCAUCCCCAUCCAUUUCAUACUUAA